AUGAACGAGCAAGACGAACAAAGCAGCGGGCAGGACGCCCGCAGCAACAGCAGCAUCUCGGAUGUGAGUGUUGCCUUUAACGAUAGCCCAACGCUGCCUUUCAGCUUUGUAGGAGGUGGCGAAGACGACAGAAACGACGAUGAGCUCGCUCGUACCGAAGAAGUAGUCGGCCCCGAAGACACGGACGACGUGGGCGAAAACGGUGACAACAGCAUUGGCUGGCACCAGCCUCAGGAAACUUACAAUAGUGGCAGGCUCCUAAACGAAGUCAAUGAUGCGAUCAUCCGCGAUUGCAUCCACGACAAGGCAGCGUACAAGCCCCGGCCAUUUUCGUUCGACAUCAAUGACGACGACGAUUUCGGACGCCAGACGGUCUUCUACUUCGAUCAGCCAAUUGUCUCACCGUUGCUGUCACAGGGGACUCAAAGACUCUCCGAAGACUGCAUCGUAGGGCAAUUUGAUGGCGAUAACAACGGGGAUGACAUCACUGACCACCUGCUGGACCACGCCAUGCUGGACGAAGGAUGGACCAAGGCAAUUGGACCUUUCGAAUCUGACGAAGAAGAUGCGUACGUUUCCGAUGACGAUGGGGAUCCCGCCGAAGUUCGCAUAUCACCAGCCAUCUUCCGGGCUCUUGCUGCUGGCUGCACACUCGACGAUGUCGACACUCUCCGCCAAUCUGCGUCAGCCGAAGCGUCUCUUCGGCCACUCACCCCGCAGGACAAGAUCCUAGACGUGUCCAUGGAUGCAAAGCACUGCAACAACGUCGUGCCAUAUUGCCACCGGCGGCAGUUUGACAUCCACACGGGAGAAGAGCUGAGCCCUGUAUACCGCAUUGAGGCCGGACCCGUCAGCUCCAUUUUAUGGUCACCACCAGGAGUCACGCCGGAGCGAGCCGCGGAUGGCACCAUGGGACUGUCAAGAACUGCGAUCUCGUUUGUACGGCGGGGUGCAAAAAAACAGAGCUGGUGGCUCAGCACCAUCCGCGUCACCGUCAUCAGCACCAUUCUCUUCGUCGAGCUCCGAAUUGUCAAUAACACCAGGCCCGAGACCAUGUAG